AUGGAGAGUUCAAGGUUUUACAUGCUUAUGUUUACUAUCGCCAUUUUGGCAUCACCGGCACUUUCCGAUCUGGUCCUUUCCAAAGUAGAUCGACGCAUAUAUUUGACAUCACACAUUGUUCGGGUUUCUUCAACUUUAAAGGUGGAGAAUGCAGGUCCUGAGACGGCGUCCGAGGUUUUGCUGGCUUUUCCUGAGCAACAAGCCAAAAACAUGGCAUAUUUGAUGGCUACCCCGCACGAAGGGAAAGGGAAAGUAAAAAACCCUGUUGUUGCUCUCCCUGUUGCUGUUGCCGUUGCCAACCCCAAAGACAUGCCUUCUGCUUUAACAUUCUAUUCGGUAACCUUGCCUAAGGGAUUAGCUGAGGGUGAUAGCUUUACUUUUGAUGUGUUGGCUGUAUUUACCCGCCUGCGACCCUUUCCUGAGCAAAUCACUCAGGCUGAUAUUCAGCUUGUAUUAUACCAGGAUAGUGCACACUACCUAUCUCCUUAUGCCGUCAAGGCUCAGUAUCUAACUGUUAAAUUGCCUGAUUCUAGAAUCGAAUCCUAUACGAAACUGGAGAAUACAAAGAUUCAUGGUUCAGAAAUCAAAUAUGGUCCUUAUGAGAAUCUCCCUGCGUUCUCGUACUCCCAAAUAGCAGUCCAUUUUGAAAGCAAUCAACCGUUUGCUGUUGCUCAAGAAUUGGUGAGAGAGAUAGAAAUUUCCCAUUGGGGUAAUGUCCAGGUCACUGAACAUUACAAGCUUAUCCAUGGUGGUGCCCAAAGCAAGGGUGAAUUUUCCAGGCUUGAUUUCCAGGCCAGGCCCAAUGUUCGAGGUGCAUCAGCCUUUAGGUAUCUUGUUGCAAAUUUGCCACCAAGGGCACAUUCUGUUUAUUACAGGGAUGAAAUUGGCAAUAUAUCAACAUCUCAUCUGCGUGGUGACUCCAAAAAGACGGAACUGUUAAUCGAACCAAGGUACCCAAUGUUUGGUGGCUGGAAAACUGCUUUUACCAUUGGAUAUGGCUUGUCGCUUCAGGACUUUUUAUAUGAGUCAGAGGGGAAGCAAUUUCUUAAUAUCACCUAUAGUAGCCCAAUGGCUGAGUUGGUUAUUGAUACUCUUAUUGUGAAGGUUGUUUUGCCUGAGGGUUCUAGUGACAUAUCUGUAGCUGCACCAUUUCCCGUGGAGCAGUGGCGUGAGACCAAGACCUCCCACUUGGAUAUUGAUGGUAGACCAGUAGUUGUGCUUAAAAAGACUAAUGUCGUGCCUGAGCACAAUCAAUAUUUUCAGGUCUAUUAUAGGUUCAACAAACUAUCGAUGCUUAGGGAGCCACUGAUGUUAAUUUCAGGAUUUUUCUUCUUCUUUGUUGCUUGCAUUGUUUACAUGCGUGCAGACAUAUCGAUCUCCAAGUCUUCUGCUUCUUAUUUGGCUAAACAACAGUGGGAAGAGGUUCAGGCAGUAAUUCAGCAGGUUCAGAAUAUUGUAAGUAGAUGCUUGGCAACACAUGAUAAGCUGGAAGCAUCACUACGUGAUCUUUAUAGGACCGGGGACAUUCAAGCUUGUAAAGCUGCUCGAAAGGCAGCUGAUGGUUUGUUAAAAGAGCUGUCCAAAGAAUUGAAACCCUUGCUGACCACCUUGCAAUCUUCUCCGUCAGCUGCUCAAGUAUUACCCAAGGUGGAGGAGCUGGUGGCUAAGGAGAGAGAAUUACAAGAGAAGGUGUUGGUGAAGCACUCAACAGUGGUGGACGGCUAUGAGAAGAAGUCUGGUGCCCGUGAUAUCGAGAACCGGGUGGCUUUGCAGCAACAGAAACUUACAGCACUGAGGCAAGAAGUUGACGAUCUUCUCGAGUUCAUUGAUGAAAUAUAAUAUUAAGUGCUAAAGUUGGCAUAAUAGUUUGGUCCAAACCGCAGAGCUGAGCUCCAACUGGAAUGACCUUGCGAUUUGUUGUAAUGCUGGGAUCGGAAUGUUUACUUUGGUUUUUUU